UGUUCUUUAAGAUGGAACCACGUCCAACACAUCAGGGGCAGCAGUGUUCAACAAAUAAUGCUGUCAAUUGUUAUAUAACAACAAGGGAUGUGAUUGUCAGAGAGUCACCACCUGAACUUGAAACCUCUGUCGCACCUUCAGGGACGCUACCUGGAUUUGCAACCUCUGUCAAACCUCCAGGCAAAAGUAAAGCAGUAAUAGCAGCUGUGGUUGGAAGUUUGGUUGGUUUACUGGCAAUUGUUUUCGUUGCUUGGUUGGUUUGUAGAAAACCAGAUGGUUCGGAAAAAAAUAAUUCUUUCAUAGGUACAGGUAAUACAGUUGUUGACCAAGGCAUGACAACAAAGCGUGUAUUCGUCAUUCACUCUUUUGAUCAUGAACUCCACAAGGAGGUUGUGUUGAAACUCUGCAUUUUUUUGACCAACGUCUGCAAAUUGGACGUACACACCGCCCUCUGGAGCACUACUGAUAUUGCAGUUGGUGUGAAUGAGUGGAUGGAUAGAGAAUGCGAAGAGGCUGACAAGGUAAUUAUAUUGUGCUCUCAAGGGACACUGAUAAAAUGGCGCGCUCAAUCACGGCAAAUAGACAUCAAGAUUCAUGAAGAUAAUUUGGGAGACUUGUUUUCUUCAUUUAUGAGGCUUCAGGGACUGGAAAUUGCGAAAGACCCAAAGAAAUUCAUAGUCGCUUACAUGGAUUAUUCAAGCGAGGACGAUAUACCGCAGCCGCUGAAAUUCCUACAGAAAUAUCAAUUAAUGGAUCAUGUGGAACAGAUGUAUUAUAUUCUGAAUGACAUGGAAAAACAUGGCGCAUGCCAUGACUUCAGCAUACCGGCUCUGCAGACUUGGGACUCCAGUAUGGACGCAGGAGUCGAACUCAAAAUAGCAGUUGAUCAAAUGAAGAAGAAAAUUAGAUCGGAGCCACAUUGGUUCUUCGACUUCAACGAUAUCUCGACGGAUGUCAAAUUGAAAAUAUUUACAAAACAGAGCCAAAGGGAUACAAGGCCGAAUCCCAAUGUAAGCAUCAUCUGUGACGCGGAUCCGUCGCUAAUCAUUCUACCGCAGACCGAUUUUGGUGACAAUGAGAAUGACUACAAGUAUCAAAUGUCUGCACUGAAUUCUCUGAAAGAAAUUGUCUCAAAACCAAAUGAAUCAUUCCAGAAUCAUAGAAAUCGUGAUUCUGGUGUCGAUGAUGUAUAUGAUAACUCGAGUGGAGGUGAUCCAGCCACAUAUGACGGAAUAGCAACAAAUGAUUCAACGUCAAUCCGGAAUCCAUUUCAUGGUCUUUUUCGAGACCCUAAUGAACAUAGCUGUGUUUGAGUUCAUCGUUUGAUUAGAUGAGGACGAAAAGUAAUUGAUCCUUCAUAUGAAGUAUAUGUGUGUCAAGAUUCAUUGAAUAUUGCCUAUUGGUGAGGAAUUUAUGAUCAGUCCUAAAAUUUCACAAAAUGUGACUGUGACCUCACCCAAGAAGUCACAUGCAAAACUUUAGAUGUAGAUCUAUAUGCUGGCCAAGUAGCAAGGAUAGAGCCUGUGUUUUUUUUUUUUUAGAAAAGCCACGAACAAAAAAAGGUGGGUGGGGGGGAGCAGAAUAAUAUAAAAGUACACCUUGUGAUUGAUAAUGUUACGAUGAUGAAGAUAAUAAAAUAAUAAAUAACUUAUAUUUACUUAUGUAUAUGAUAUACAUUUUUGUAUCAUAUACGGUAUGUAACAUAGGUCGUCGACGAACAGUUCGUUUUCAGUGGAAUAUAAACCUGCAACCUUUUACUAUCGAAGUUGGUUUUAUGCCAGAGAGACUAUGUAUAUUUAAGAAAUUAGUGGACAGUGUCUCAUCACUCCUGAUGAUGACAUAAUUAAUGACGAAAUAUUGAAUCCCAACACGAUGAUGUGCAUUUCAAUACUUUGAGUAUGUAUUACACUAUCUUGUUUCUCACUGUGUGAUUGUAAAUUAUAAAGAUAACUUUAAGAAUAAUGCAUAAUAUAUUCUUCAAUCUAUUUAACAUGAAACAUAAGAAACUGUUGUUUUUGUAGUGAUAUGUUUGUGAAUUUUUAUCAUUACAAUAUAAGCAAUAAUUAUGUAAUCAAUUAAGCAGUACUGUGAACUGAAAAAUGAUUAAAUAUUUUUUAUCUUGUUGCUGAUUGAUUCAGAUUUUUUGAUUGAAUUAUUACUUGUAUUAUCUAAAAUAGAUUAUUAUGUUCUUCAUUGACAUAUAUUAAUAACAAUAAAUAGUUUAUUUUUUUCCAAAUUUUAUUUCCGAGUGAAAAAAAAAAGAAAAGUUACAAAAACUAUGCAUGCAGAGGUAGGGACGUAUACUCACAGAAUAAUAUUUAUCCAUGGGUUGUUUGUAUAAUUCUGUCUUUUUAUCCUGUAUAUAAAGUAUAUUAUCAACAGAUACACACACACCCACACAUAGGCCUAUGUGUGUAUGUAUGGGUGUAUGUAUGUAUGUGUAUUAUAUAUAUAUUAUAUAAAUAUCUAUAUUAUGUUACAAGCUUGUUUAUAUAAUUAAGAACUAGUUGAUUUUUGCUGUCUGUUUUAUCAAGUACGUUUAUGUUUUCCCUUGCAGCUAUAUUAAUUUUGGUUUGAUAUGUUGUUUAUAAUGUAUUUUAUAUAAAUAUGUAUUUGAAAAUACUGUAUCGUUAUAUAAUACCAUGUAUAUGUAAUCUUAAACUAUCAUUGAAAUAAAAUGUCAUAUAUUGGACAGAAA